UCUGAAUAUGUGCUUUCAGCCGACCCUCGUAUCUUGAUUUGGGCGUGCUGAAUACAAGCACCGUUCUAAUUCAUACAUGAACUACAGACACCUUAUACUUUUAUAUUUGAAUUUUCUAUUACAACACUAGAGAAACCAGUGUAAAUUGGUAGUAAAGAUUUACAGUUCUUCAAUUAUCACCUAAUUUGCCUCGACGAUUUCGCUUGUUUGAGCUUCACGAUCCAGUUCGUCCGCAGAAUGCAAGAAACUAAGGGGUGUUACUGAAAGUAAAUAUGUGGUGUGGUGUUGGAAUAAAUUCUGUGAUUUUAUUUGGAGCAGUUGUGAUAGUGUUGUUUGGCAGCACCUUGGAGGAUGGUGUGACGAUACCUAAUUACAUACACUUUCCAAGAGGAAACCCUUAUGUUGGAAUGUUUGUUGCGAUAGCUAUACCUCUAGACCUAAGAGGACCUGCAGAUGUAUUUUUCUCAAUGAACUUUGAGUCGUCCUAUCCACUACCUCAAAACCAGACUCAGUUCAACUAUCCCCCAAUCAUAGGAAGUACAACAAGACAGAUGAUCUAUGGAUAUUUGGAAUCAAAAAUAAAUUCAUAUGGCUAUCCCGGCAAAGAGUGUCUACAGAGAGCAGUUUGUGAGGCUACAGAGUAUACCACAAAGAAUUACGGAGUUCUAGGGGAUAUAGUCCAUAUUUUAUUAGCGCCGUCAACAUCUAAGAAAGAGUCAAAUAUCACAGACUACCUUGAAGCAGAAGAGUUUGCUAGAAAACAGGGGCAUUGCAAGAAGUUUAGAGAAAACUGCAAGUUGAGCAUACUGAAUCUGAUAAGCAAAGUAACAAGUAAAAUUAAGGUGUAAACGUGCUGUAUAAUUGACUACCUCAUUAAAGAUAAAACGAACUGACAA